UUUUCGCUCAACGAAACGUUUCUUCUAAGUUGACUUGAGAAGGAUUAGCGCAUCCAUUUUCCGGCCACACAGAACAGCGUUUGUUCCACAAUGCCGCCAACAAGCAGCCCGGACUUACACUUGCCGAAACCAUCCGAUGUUGAGGGCAGCGUCCAUCACACCUCUGCCCAUGACCAUCACACAUCGACGCGAGCGCAACUCAACCAAAUUUACGCUGGCGCGGUCUCAGGUGCGCUAACACGCACACUCACGCAACCGUUCGAUGUGCUGAAGAUACGAUUUCAAUUGCAGGUCGAGCCGCUCUCGAUAGGCAAAAAGAGCAAGUACAACUCGCUGUGGCAAGCCAGCAAAUUGAUCUAUCACGAGGAGGGUGUGCGUGGACUGUUCAAAGGUCACAAUGCCGGCCAAUUCAUGAGCAUCGUCUACAGUGUGGGACAAUUUUGGUCGUACGAACAGAUACGUGCGGUUAUGCGUGACACGCCCUUCAUGUCGACACACAUGAAUGUGAUGAAUUUUCUUGCCGGCGGUUUUGCUGGUUGUGUGGCAACAAUUUUUUCCAUUCCCUUCGAUGUGAUACGCACGCGUUUGGUGGCACAAGAUCCCGGACAGGGUUAUCGUAAUAUGGUGCACGCCGUACCGCUCAUUUGGCGCACCGAAGGCGUUAGAGGCUAUUUUCGUGGCUUGCAACCGACACUGGUGCAGAUUGUGCCGUUGGUGGGCUUCAAUUUUAUGUUCUACAAGAAAUUCAACGAGAUGUUGGUGCACACCCGUUUGGCCAGGAACGAUCUCUUACCCACCUGGGUGUUGUUGUGCACUGGCGGUGCGGCAGGUGUAGCCUCCAAGGCGGUCGUCUAUCCGCUGGACUUUAUCAAGAAACGUUUGCAGGUGCAAGGAUUCGAACAGCAUCGUACGAAAUUCGGACGUACGCAACGUUGCAAAGGCGUAUUCCAUUGCAUAGAACUGACAAUGAAAGAGGAGGGUGUUAUGGGCUUUUACAAGGGCAUCUAUCCGACGCUGAUCAAGUCCGGUCUAAUGACGGCCUUCUAUUUUACUAUCUACGAUAGAUGCAAAUUGCUGCUCCAUCGCUACUAUAAUCUGGGCGAUGGACAUGCACAUCAGCCCACUAAGCCGUAGGCAAAAGCGCAGUGAUGAAGCGAGCGAAGUGCGGAGGGAGGAAUGGAGUAGUUUAUUUUGUAAAUCAAGGAAUCGGCCCCGGACUGAGGUGUGCGCGUACAUUGUGCGUGAAGUGCACCUUUACUUAUACCUCAUUAGAUACUCUAAGAGCGUAGAAUGUAGAUUUGUGAUAGUGCGUAAGAGAUAAAGAGGAAAAUCUACUCAUUAUAGUGAAACUAAUUAGAAAUUGAGCGAUAAAGAUAUACAGGAAUAAUUAUGAAAAAAGAAAAUGAUAUUCUGCUGCAAACACUCAAACACGCGCACAGCCAACCCAAGACAAAUCGGAAUAUGUAGCAGUAGUGGUUACGAUGCUGUACAGUACAUUGCCAACAUAUUAGGAGCAGCAGCAUUGUGUGACAAAAUCAAGAAGACGUUUGCUGUCAUUAACUAACACCAAAAAAUUAAAACUAAAAAUAUAAAAAAUAUAUAAAAUAAAAGGAGUUGAUAGUAGCUGGACGGAGGUGAAGGAAGCCAAGGCAUAAUCUCUAUCAUACAGCAUUUUUGAAGUUCCCAUGGAAGAUAUAGAGCUGAGGAAGAUGCAGAAUCCAUUCAGCAUUUCUUAUGUGAAUGCCUAGCACUUCAAAUUUAUGGGAAACUUAGGGCAAUUUUAGGGAUCUUAACCGUUUAGGCAUUGCUUUGUUGAAAAGAGUGCUUGCAUUUGCGAAAAGGUUGGGAUAGACUAAGGACAUGCAAAGAUAGGCCACAGGGAACUAUUUUUCUGAGCGUCACAAUGGGCAUUUACGCAUGAGUAAACUCAUGAUUGAAGAGCAAAUAGAAGAAAUUUACCUAGUCUAACAUAGCUUAGUGCAUCUUAGCAAUUCGUAAUUAAUAUCUGUAUCAAUAAUUUACAGAUUUUACUUCAUGCACUUUUUUCAGUCAGUCAAAGUUUUCGUAUCUCUGGUAUGCAACGCGUUUUUGCUAUUUUCGCUGAAAAAUACAAAAAUUUACACAAAUGUGCAGCAGGUAGCGGGUUAAUAUAAAAAAAUGUACUCGCGCUACAGCACAUAAAAUCCUUGAAAUCCUUGAAAGAAGCGUGUGACUUCAAAUAUCGUGUCAAAAGGGGUCAACUUUGACUGGCCUUGAAAAAAUUCAAAUUCAGGGCAAACUUAAAAAACUAUGUGACAAAUAUUUACAUUUACUUGGUCUCUUUUAUCGUUAAAACAGGGGGAAAAAACAAGAAAAAAAACCAAAUUUAAAAAAAUGUUAGGAUUUGCUAGCUGCUAGCCCAGUGUUGAAUUAUUACUAACUGCGUUAGUAAAGAUUUCUUUAGACGUGGUAAGCUAAAUGCUCACCGAAUAUCUGACGAAGUGAUGCAUUCUUAAAAGUGAAGCGUUCACACUGCAUAUUUUGAUCAAAAAAUGACUUGCUGGUUAAUUUUUUUAAACUAAUUUUUGACUUUUUUGGCAUUUUUUCUACUUGAAAUUUUCAAAAAAGCUAAAAAAGAUUUU